AUGACUAACGACGACACGUUGUCGUUCUGGUUCGGUCACACUCGAUUGAGAAGCGGUCGCGACAGUUGCAAAGCAGGUAAGAUAGCUUCUCUCGAUCAGAAGCUCGAAACUUUUUGUUGUGAAUCUGAAGAAAUCAAUCUCUGCUUGAUCUAGAGAUGGCCGCUGCUUUGUCGAGCAAGUUUCUUAAAGGAAUCACAAGCCUUCAGACUCUUCGUUCUACCAGAUUGGCAUCUGCAUCUGUCUACCAACAUGGGAUGAUGAGAUACUCCUCCACAGUGCCCAGCGAUUCAGACACGCAUGAUGAUUUCAAGCCUGCACAGAAAGUCCCUUCUGGUUCUACAGACUCGCUAAAGGAUAUCGUUGAGAAUGAUGUGAAGGAGAAUCCUGUUAUGAUCUACAUGAAAGGAGUUCCGGAAGCUCCUCAGUGUGGGUUUAGCUCACUAGCUGUAAGAGUUCUGCAACAGUAUAAUGUUCCUAUUGGUGCUAGAAACAUUCUUGAAGAUCAAGAAUUGAAAAAUGCUGUCAAAUCCUUCAGCCAUUGGCCUACGUUUCCACAGAUCUUCAUCAAGGGAGAGUUUAUUGGAGGCUCAGACAUCAUCCUUAACAUGCACAAGGAAGGUGAACUUGAGGAAAAGCUUAAAGACGUCUCUGGAAACCAAAAGUCUCAAUAAACUUUUAGAGGUUUUGAGUUGAUUCGAUUUGAUUUGAAUGAAAUUAUUAUGUUUUUGUUUUUGGCAAUAAUGUCACAAGAAACUCAAAAUCUUUUGAAUCUUGGUAUGAACAAACGUUUAUUUCAUUA